AUGAGUCCGAAGAAGAAAAUACAGUUUGAGAAAAAUAUUAUGUCACAAGCUAACAGUAUUAAAGCGAGCGAAUUGCAGGCGGUAUUUACCGACAUCUCUUGUAAAGGCUGUGUUAAUUGUAUGGAAAGAGUAGUGAAGGCACAUAAAGUAAAUCAUGUUAACGCAUCACAAAUAAGGGGCGACAUGAACGAUAGCAUUCGUACAAUCCAAGAAAACAUUGUAAGAGAUAGAAGGAGUGUACGAUUCGAGAGCGUGCCCAAAAUUGAGAAGAAAUCAAAGAAAAGCAAGACAAAGAAGUCCGUCUCGGUUAUAAAGUAUAAUGAAAAUGGUGAGAUAUACGCGCUAAAGGUAAAAGAAUCGAACACACAAUUAACGCCAGAUCAGCCGAACGGUACAAAAACUUCGUCAACAACGUGCCAAGUUUACAGCAUACAAAAAUCACUACCCUGCGAAUCGCCCGAAGCUGAUUUAAUUCUGACGGCUUCGAAAAGAAAAACAAAUAAGAAAAAUAAAAAGGUACAAGGAAAAAGGGAAACGAGUGUGCCCACUGAGGAAGCGACGUUGAUUGCGUCGGUGUUUAGAAAGCGGCAUGUGGAUAAUUCAGAAGUGCAGGAGCCUUAUUUGACUUCCCUAGAAGAGAUGUAUUAG